AUGGAUAUUGGCGGGGCGCCUCACUUUGUCCGCGGCGCCUUCCGGAUGCUGAACACGCUGGAAGGAGUAGCCCAGCUGGUCACUCUGCUGGUGGCCUGCGCCGCCGUGCGCUGGAUCCGCUCGUACACGUUGCGCUUGAGCGUCCGCAGGGCCAGCGCAGCGCUCACGGUCGCUUUCCUCUUCCUCGUGUGCUACUACGUCACUCACCUGGAGAAACAGGGCAUCACCAACCGGCGACGCUUCGUUGCCUACACGCCCCAGGAGUUCGCCGACCACGUCGCCGACGACGUCAAGGUGAUACAGCGCUACUUCUGGAUCGCGGCGCGCAAGCCAUCCAAGUACGGUAACUACCGCCGCCUCAACUGGGUCUCGCACCAGUUGCUAACCGCCAACCGAGACCUGCCGGGCUCCGCGAACCGAAACUGGUCCUUCGUCAUUGUCCGCUCCAUGACACCCAGUGCGUUCGUGCUGCCCAACUGCCGCUCCUACUUCUUCGAGGGACUCUUCAGGCUUUGCGAGAACGACGACACCCUGUCGUUCGUAGUGGCCCACGAGAUGGCGCACUGCCUCCUUGACCACACCCUCGAGAAGGAGUCCCUAGCCUACUUCCUGGACAGGCUCAACACGCUCGUCUGGAUCUCUUCUCUGGCGCUGAUCCGCGGCACCGUCAAGGCCACUCUGACACCGUGGUUCGUGAGUCGCGCCCUGCACUAUGCCGUAUUCCUGCCCCAUAGCCGUUCGAUGGAGCUCGAGGCCGACUCCCUGGCGCUACGCAUGAUGUCCAAGGCUUGCUUCGACUACCGCUACAGCAUAGUGUACUUCGACAACGCCAUGAUGCUCAGGAAGAGGGUCAUGGGAACCAAGAAGACGAGGAAGGUAUUCUCGACGCACCCGACGAGGCGGGAGCGCGUCAACGCCUUGUACGGACAGAUGAACUCGGCUCUGGCACUGCGAAAGUCCAGGAGUUGUCCUCCGCUCCUUCCUAUGCGCAAGAACGACGAGAUCAAAUUCGCCACGUUUCUUAAUCUAACCGUUAAGCGGGAAUGA